AUAAUUACCGAGAAGAGAAAUAAGAGGAAAUAUGAUGCAAACGCAAGGAGCUAUGGAGAUAUUUCUUAACGCCUCAAAAACUGCCUUGCAUUUUAUUGCAGUCCCGGUUGUCCUUCUACCGAACGAUUCGUGUCGUCCUGGGGAAUCCGACGUGCGACUUGGAUUCCGCCGUAUGCGCUCUGGUCCAAGGAUUGUUGGAGUACAGUGACGUCGAGAAGCGCGGCCUCGCCGACGUCGCCGUAAUACCAGUCAUGAAUAUCCCAGAGAAAGAGUUUCGCAUCAAGACGGAAGUGGUUUACAGCCUGAAGUCCCACGACAUCCCGCUGAGCUUGCUGACAUUCAGAGAUCAGCUCGAUUUGCAAAAUGUGCAGAACGACGCCGACAAGAAGCUGGAGCUGAUUCUGGUCGACCAUCAUACUCUCGCGAGCGAGGAUGUCGCGUUGAAACCCUCAGUCGUGACGAUUGUCGAUCAUCGGCCGCUGGAUCCAGCCUGGUCGUGGCCUGAUGUGCUGUUGAAUGUAGAAAUCGUUGGAAGCUGUGCCACUCUUGUCGCACGCAAUGGCCUGCAGAAGAAUCCAGAUAUGCUGGACAGACAACUCUCAAGCCUCUUGCGAGGUCCAAUACUGAUCGACACUUAUAAUAUGUCGGCUGAAGCUGGUCGAACAACUGCUACUGAUGUCAAUGUACUAAAUGCUCUCGAGCAACUAGGUGGACUUACGUCCGACAGAACUGAGACAUUUCAGAAGAUUAUGCAUGCGAAAGCAGACGUCAGUGAAUUAACUCUUGAAGAGCUGAUGAUUAAGGAUCUAAAAGUGACGAGUGGGAUACCUCUCGUCGGAUUUUCCCUUUUAGCAGAAAAUUUUCUCGCGCGAGAAAAUGCGAAGGAGGUCGUGGAAAAGUUUGCUAAUGAAAGAAAUUGCAAUGUCGUGGUUCUCAUCGGGCAGAAUGUGAGCGAGGAACGUGUAUCCAGAGACAUCGCAAUCUUUUCAAAAUUACCAAUGUACUUUUAUAAUAAUACUUUUCAACAUAAUCAAUUGGCGAACGAUAUAAUUCAAGCGUUGACUGAAUCCACCGAGCCAUCUCUAAAUCUAGAAUUAAUCAAAGAAAUUCGAGAAGAGAAAUAUAGCCUCCGUUUGUAUAAACAAGGAAACGUGACGGUAACACGUAAACAGAUAUUACCGAUUGUACAGAAAACGGUAUUAUUGCAUAGAAAUGAAAAAGCAUAGAACUAAUACGUAGGAUGUAAAAUAAAAUAAAAAAUAUUGUGGAGGUA